ACGGAGAAUGGGGUCCGGGACCCCGAGGCGGGGGCACAGGACAGGCUGGGGCGCCCUCGGUGUUGGGAGGCUCGUGAGAGAGAACGGGGGCCAGCGUGAGAUCGCGGCGUGGCUCAGGAGCGACCCCCGUGCCCCGAUCCCGGCGCAGCCAUGGCGGGACGCAGAGCUGCCCUUAAGGCCGUGGACUGGGCGGCCUUCGCCGAGCGAGUGCCCCCGAACCAGCGAGCCAUGUUCAACGCGCUGAAGACCCGCAACGAAGCGCUGACGGCCCGGUUGGCUGCGCUGCCAGAGAAGCCCCCGGCCAUUGACUGGGCUUUCUACAAAGCUAAUGUUGCCAAGGCUGGAAUGGUGGAUGAGUUCCAGAAGAAGUUCAGUGCGCUAAAGGUUCCUGAGCCAGUGGAUACACAAACUGCCAAGAUUGAUGCCCAGGAGAAGGAAGCUGCCAAGAGCACUGCUGAGUACAUCCAGGCUUCCAAAGACCGCAUCGCCCAGUACGAGCAGGAGCUCCAGAAGCUCAAGAGCAUGAUUCCCUUUGAACAGAUGACGAUUGAAGACUUGAGUGAAGCCUUCCCUGAAACCAAACUGAACAAGGAGAAAUAUCCAUACUGGCCCCACAAGCCAAUUGCUGAUCUGUAAACUGGUCAGGGAGCAGUUUAAUGACUGUCAGACUCCAUGAUGUUAUAAAUAAAGAGCUUUCUCUGUCUGUGGCUUA